UUACUACAACAAAGUGGACUUGGACAUCACCAACAAAGAAUGGGCAAAAAACCUCAGCUUCACAGAAUGUAACCUUUGGUUCUUCCCUUACUGUAAUAACAAGCACUACAUCAUGAUUUGUGUCAACAUCAAAGCAGAGAGAUUUGAAGUGCUCGACAGUCUCCGUCACAAAGAUUUUGAAAAAAACUACAAACCAAUGGCAGAGAGAGGGUUGUCCAGUACGCAAUCAACUACAUGAAGACACAGUUUGCAGACAAGACAGUAAGGUGGGAGAGGUUUACCCGGUUCAAGCUCGAGAAGGUUACACAACCAGAUCAAAUUUCAUGUGGGAUGUACGUCAUCAGGUGGAUGAGACACUGGGAAGGUAAGUACAACAGUGCCCUGACCAAAGAUUGGAAGAGGAAUGAUCUCAUAAAUGAAGAAAGGGAGUGCCUGAUGUUGGACAUCAUUCUUGAUGAAGAAAAUCUUGAACGGGAAAGGAUCAUGAAAGAAGCAACAAAGUACUGCAACAUGAAGAACAAGAAGAAAGAGUUGAAAGGAAGGAGAUGAAAAUUCUAUUAUCGUUUGUGUUAAAUAGUAGGAGGGUAUAAGUAAGCUUUUGAGAACAAACUCACAAUGUUC